AUGGCAACGCCCUCCACGAAGGACAACUUGGCCCCUCAACCGGAAUUUGGUAAGAUCCUGUUCAACAAGCCGUGCAGUACGUGCCGCCGCCGCAAAGUGAAAUGCGACAGGCAACUGCCAUGUGGAACUUGCGGUAAGAACGGCACGGCCGCAACCUGCACUUACGAUGUUCCGCGAGAGGGCACCCCCGAGAGCCAACAGCGGCUCCAGGAGAGGGUGGCCCGUCUCGAGAGAGAGAUUGAGGAGCUGAAGGGGAUGGCUGCACGCGGUGAACCGUUAAGGCCUCCGAAGAUUCCGCUGCUAUCGACAACUCCAUCAAGCUUCAGCGAGUACAACAGCAUCGAAGAGUCCAUGGCCGGCGACCCCGGAAUCCAGGUUGACGACGAAAACGUCUCUUUCUAUCUCGGACCGAAUUAUUGGCUCAACAUCCAAGAGUAUAACUACGAACCUCGCCAUCUCUACCGUAUCGAGUCCGACAAGACCGGCAAGAAUCCGGAUAGUCCUACUGCUUGGCCAAUUGGUAGGAACCCAGCACUGCCGGAUAUGUCCCAUUUCCACCUCGAUCCCGAGAAAGAAGACAUCUUGACCGACCUCUUUUUUGCACAUGUCGAGCCGUUUAUCCGGAUGUCCCACAAUGCUUACUGGAGGCAGCAAAUCACGGAUUUCCGAGUUGGUGUCAGCAAAAUUCCGGUGGACGUAGAAGCGGCAAUGUUUACUACUCAAGCAUUCGCCAAACCCAGUUCUGCCCCAUCAGACCAAGAGGGAAUUACAGAUAUGUCCUUUGUCCUGGUGCGUCAGUGCUUGAUGAAGACCAUGCAGUCCAUCGCACGAAGGAGGACCGGUUCCAGUCCAGAAGAGCUCGGCCGGAUUGUCGAGCAGACGGAGAAUUUCUUGACGACCAAGUUCAUGAGUCAUGUCGUUGCCGCAAACCCGAGCCAUGCGAUCAUGCUGUCAUACUACAAGGGCUCAAUGAAGAGCAUGAGACUUCUGAUCCAUCAACUUCACGCACAGCGUACGUUUGGCCCGGAGCCCGAUUAUCGGGCGAAGUACUACCAGGAAUGUGUCGAAAUCCUAGAAGAGAUGGAGCGUGGAGAAAACAUCGCACUGCAGAACCACUGGGGAUGGCUUUACCGAUGGCCAACAACGCCCUGUUUGAUCUACAAUGUACUCAUUGGUCUGCGCGAUCAAUCAAAUCAUCCAAUUACGGACCGAGCCUGGCGGCAAAUCAACGUGGUGUUCCGGAGGCACAACAACGAAGACAUUAGCAUGCGGAAGUUUGCUGCUUGGCGAGUUAUCGAGGAGCUCUGUGAGGAGGCGAUUCACUACCACAAGCAACGAUCUCACCAGGGAGCAUGGUACACGCACAGGCUUGACGCAUUAGGGCCGACAAGUACAGCAAAAGGAAAGGAAACACUAUCACUGGAGAACGCGACGGUCGAUGAUAUUCUAGGGGACGUACGGAUGUUUGGGCAGCCGAGUGCAUCCCACACGGCCGUCAUGGGUGGCCCGGGCUACUUUGCGGCCCAACCAGUUCUGCAACCUAUGAGCUUUACAUCCUGGGGCCAACCCCCUCAGGCCACUGUUCCGUCACAAUAUCCCACAAACGCGGAUUCUGACGACGAGGAAGAGGACGACGACGAUGAUGAAGAGAUGUAA